UACCUUCCAAGAUGGCAGCCUCCUUGUGUAACGUGUUGUGAAGGAGAUCUGAAGUUUACAUAUUCCGCCUACUAGAGAGGUCCCUAUGGCAACCAAAAUUUUAGAAUGGAUGAAAUCCAAUAAGGUGCUUUUAACCGUGUUGGGAAAUGUUGGUAUCCUGUAUGGGGUAACAGUGGCACCAGGAACAAUCAGUCUAACCACAUACAGACAGUACUAUCAGCUGAGGAUAAAACAGCCAACAUCAGACACACCCACUGUGUGCUACCCUGAUGAGAGACUGAGGUCUUGUAUUCAUGAGGUGAAAAUGGAUUUUCAGGAAUGGAAGGCAAAACAGAACAGUGAGGUGAAAGAAGACUUGGAAGAGGAAACAAUAUUGAAGGAUAGAAUAAAAUUCAUGAUAAUUCCAGGUUUCCAUCCAUGUCAUAAAGGCAGCAUUGAUAGUAAAUUUGGAUGUCUGAUAAGUAUACCUCAUUACUUCAUGAACUGUAUACCGGAGCAUGUUGACAAUGUGCGUUCACUUUCCAAAGGGAGAUUACUCACUGUGCUAUCAAAAGGUCAGAUAGAGAGGACUCCUAGAGUACCAGUGGAUGUGAAUUCUGAAGAAGGUAUUGCACUUAAAAAAUCUCUAAUCUUGACAGAUGAAGAAAGAAAAUUUGUUUUGAUGAGAGAGUUGCUUUCAUGUCAAAACAAUCCUGAUAACAUGAUCGCUGCCCUCCGUAUUGUUACUGCGACAACGUUUCUAGGUCUAACGUACUAUGCCAGGGAGCUCAUGAUACAAAAUGUUGGAAUGCGAUUCUCUGCGCUGGCUAAAACUGACUUGCAUGAGAUCUCAAAAAUUUUUGCGAGAGGACCACUCUAUGUGUUUAUCCUCGGGACAGGUUUAGUGACAUAUUUUAGUUUGUUAUUUUUGUACAAGAAUCGUUUGGAGAAACAGUCGGACAGGACAGUUGCAUCAAUGGACAAGAGCUAUGCUGAAGCGGGGAGGGACUAUUAUCAGCGUAUCAUAGCGAGGAAUCAAGUUUGUAGGAACAUCCUGGGUACUAAAGAUGGAGACUACUUGUUCACCGCAAAGGGUGACACGAGACCGUGGUUCUUUUCACAGGAGACACCAGUCACAGAACGCCUUGUCAUCAUGGAGAGUUAUCUGUCUAAAUAUGCUGAGGGGAAUGACAAAAGCCAAGUAAGAAGUGAGGAUCAGACAGCUGUAAAUUGAUAUAAAAUCGGCAUUUUAUAUGAAUGUUUUAUCUAUCAUCAUAAAACUGACAUCACCAGUUGAUGGUCCGCCUAGUCUAUAAAAUCUUUUUGAGAAUGUCUUUUGUUUCAGAUUAUGAAAUACUUUGACUAUAUUUGUUACUAAUAUUGAAUGUUGACAAAAGUGUGAAAAGGAACUAUUGGAUCAACCACAACCAAGAAAACUAUGGUAUAGUAAUAAUGUUGACUCAUUAUAUAUGUUUUAUAUUAAAACUUUUGAUUCAAAACCAAAAUGUAAAUCAUUUAUCU